AUGAGGAUCAAUCAGACGGAUCGACAACGCCGCGCGCUGAUGACAAAUCAGGUGGUCACUCACCUGCUCCGAGUGAAGAAGGAGGCGAACGGUGAUGGUCAGCCUCGACGCUCUUGGAUCGACUGGCACAACGGGGUUUUGCAGCAGAUACUCGGCUGGCUCUUCCGCCAACAGGCUGUGCUCGCUACAGGGAGCUGUGCUAUAGAGCGUCGCAGGCGCACCUUCCAGAUGAAAUGCCGCCGCGUCCAUGUGACUGCGUCAACUGUACCUCGCGACGCAAUUCUUGCAAUGAGCCGUGAUAAAGUACAAACAUAG